AUGACUACUGUAAAUAGAUCCCAUCAACAAAGCGUAGGAAACUAUAUAGUUGGCAACGAAAUUGGGAGAGGAUCUUUUGCAACAGUUUAUAAGGGGUAUCAUAAGAAAACGAAAGAAAAUGUAGCAAUUAAAUCUGUAUCAAGAUCAAAAUUGACAAAAAAAUUACUUGAAAACUUAGAAUCAGAAAUAAAAAUUCUCAAACGAAUUCAACAUGAUCACAUAGUUCAAUUAGUUGAUUGUGAAAAAUCUGAGAGUCACAUACAUUUAAUUAUGGAAUAUUGUACUAUGGGUGAUUUAUCGCAAUAUAUAAAGCAAAGAGGAGCAAAUAACCACUCAUCAUCAAAGGGUCCAUCUGUUGGGCUAAGUGAAUACGUUGUCCGUCAUUUUUUAAAACAAUUAGCGAAUGCAUUGGAAUUCUUACGAUCACAAAAUUUAAUACAUCGUGAUAUAAAACCUCAGAAUCUUUUAUUGGUAGAACCUAAACAGAAAAAUUACGGAUCUGUGGUCGGGUCACCGGAUUUACCAAUUUUAAAGAUAGCAGAUUUUGGAUUUGCGCGUUCAUUGCCGUCUUCAUCUUUAGCAGAGACAUUAUGUGGCGAUAAAAUAAAGUUUCCUAGUAAAAAUCCUGGAGUGGCGAUCCAUUCAGCAAAUACUCACGAUGACAAUUUGCCUGCCACCUCACCUACUAAUUCGACUUCUCUAAUUAGUGAAGAACUUAAAGAUUUAAUAAGACAUUUGUUGAAACGUAAUCCUGUAGAACGUAUUUCUUUUGAAGAAUUUUUUAUGCACCCUUGUGUUGUAGGUGAUUUAAUACCUCAACCAUUGACAAAUUCAUUUGAUCCAAAAGAGAAACCAGGCGAUAAUUUGAAACCUAAUAGGAUCACAAAUACGCCAUCAACAAACAAUUACUACGCAUCAAACCAAUCACAAAAGAACUCGUUUAAAGAUAACAGUAAUAAUGCUAAAUAUCAACAAAUUUUACAAAGGUCUCCUAAAUCCCCAAACAUAGAUAAAAUGUUUGAACGAUCAAAGGACAACAACAACAAUAAUAAUGAAUUUCUUCAAGUCAACAACGAAGUUCAGCCUUCCUAUGAUAAUCGAUCUCCAUCACCUUCAUUAUUAGUGCAAACACCUUACCCACAGGAUGAACUUGUAAAAAGGCAAAACACUGAUGCUGAAAACUUUGAACAUUCAAAUAGAUCAAAUAGUGCCGAAGAUGAUGUUCAAUUUGCGAGGGAAUAUGUUUUGAUUGAGAAACGUGCAGUCGAGGUUAAUAAAUUGGCUGAUGAUCUUGCUGUAAUACCCAAAUCGAAUGGAAGUUCACAGCGACCUUUUCAUAAAGGUACAGCCUUUGCGUUUUCAGAUGCCUUGCCCUCAAAACCCCUUGAUUUUCCAUAUAAGACUUCACCAAAUCAAAAUUCUUUCUUUUAUUCGACAACACCACCUUUUGCUAUACCACAAUCCAGUCAAGACAAAAGUAGCCCUGUUGGAAGUAUAGGUAGUAGUGCAUCUUCGGCUCUUGCUAGAGCUUUAAAUGUUGCAUCAGUUCGUUUAUUUGGUACUGGUAAUUCACCGCCAUCUUGGAGUGAUAAAUAUUCAAAACAAAAAGGCAAUUCUGCUUUACUUACAAAUGACGUUAUACUUGAUCCCGAGGAAGAAGCAGUAAUUAAAGCAAUAGAGGAGUAUGCUCAAAAGGCACAUUUUGUUCAUCAAUUUGCUGAUUCAAAAAUUAAUCAACUCUUACCACCACCACCUACUAGCAGCAAUGAAUUAGCAUAUAAUUCACCACCCACGCCUCAAGCUGCUAUUACUUUGGCUGAAGAAGCAUUUGUUCUAUAUGUUAAAGCACUUUCAAUAUUACAAGCAGCAAUUGUUUGUGCAAAAGAUUAUUUAUCAAAAUCAAAUGAAAAAGAAGAUUUAUUUAAAAAAAAUGCACAUCCUAAAUUAAAUACCGCUGUGCAAUGGGUUCGUGCAAGAUUCAAUGAAUGUUUGGAAAAGGCUGAGUAUGCAGAAUCUAGAUUCCUCGCAAAUGGAGAAAUGACGACCGAGGUUGUUGUAGAGAAGUUGCUUUAUGAUAAAGCAUUAGAAAUGCUAAAUGCAAAUGUAUAUGCAUGUACGUUUGUACUUCGUGCUUAUCUCAUCCAGGGUUCUUCAGCAUAUGCUGGGGGAACUGACAGAGUAGAUUCAAGAAAUUUUCAUUGUUAUGAUGUUUAUGGUGGUGGCGAUGGCAAUAGUGAACUUUACUCCGAUACAGUUAAUUAUUAUGAAAAUAAUGAUAAUAAUAGUACGCAUUAUUAUAAUCAUCGUUUUGAAGAUUAUUAUGACAAAUAUAAAGAUGAUAGAUAUGGAAUUAAUAAUAAUACUCGUCAUAUUAGAAAACCUCAAGAUAGCAAUGAAUUUGAUAAUAUUUCAAUGGCAGUUUUUAAUUCUGCAAAAAAUUAUCUGUUACAAAAAUUGCCAAUUCAGUUAUCAAAGCCAAAAGUUGCAAUUAUAUGCGGCUCAGGUCUUGGGGGUUUAGCUGAUAGUAUUAGUAGUGGUAGUAAUAAUAAUGACUAUGAUUCUAAGAGCAAAAAGAGACUUGAUGGUGAUGAUGCAAUCCCGAAAAUUGAAUUUAAAUAUGAAGAGAUACCAGGAUUUGUUAAUAGUACAGUUGCUGGACAUGAAGGAAAAUUGGUUUUUGGGCUGAUUGGGAAAAUACCAGUGAUUUGUAUGGUUGGUAGAUUUCAUUUUUAUGAAGGCCAUGACUUGAAACAAGUCACUUUCCCCAUAAGAGUUUUUAAAUUGAUUGGAGUAGAAACUUUAAUUGUAACGAAUGCAACAGGAUCGCUCAAUAGUGAGAAAUUUAAAGUAGGAGACAUAGGUGUAAUAAUUGAUCAUAUCUCAUUACCGGGACUAACAGGAACUAAUCCUUUAAUUGGACCUAAUCUGAAUAUUGGCCCAAGAUUUAUUCCAAUGUCAGAUGCUUACGACUAUGAAUUACGUGAAAAGGCAUUCAAAGCUGCCAACAUAUUAAAUUUUUCUAAAGGAUCAAUAAAAGAAGUGGUCUAUUGCUAUGUGUGUGGUCCAACUUAUGAAACAAGGGCAGAAGCAAAAUUCUUAAAAUUUAUAGGAGGAGAUGUUGUUGGUAUGUCAACUGUGCCUGAAGUGAUUGUUGCAAGGCAUUGUGGUCUUAGAGUUUUAGGAUUGAGUUUGGUAACCAACAAAGUGGCUAUGAGUGAUGUAAGAAGCGCUGAUCCCUCAAUAAAAAAUGUUGGUGCCUAUGAUGAAUUCAUUGUAAAUCACGAGGAAGUUCUUGAAACUGGUAAAGCUAAAGCCAAAGAAAUGCAACAAUUAGGGCUACACGAUGAUCCACAACCUUCUUUUUUCGAUCCUUUUGACAACUCUAUAACCAGAGUGCCACAAAAAAACAUACCUUUUAACCGAUUGCUCCUUCGGUCUGAUGCCUAUUUUAUUAUUAUCUGUCCUGGCCCUUUAGAUGAGGUCAAGAAGAUAAGACAAGAAUGCAAUUUCGAUAAAUAUCCAUAUCCGUUUAUCGUUGAUGAGGAUCUUGCUCUUGCAACUUCAAUUGGACUUAGAAUGUCCAACAAUGAGAUAUGGCCAUGCAUUGGGUAUAUUGAACCACUUACAUGUAGAUUAAAUCCAAUAUUUUUUGGACGCGGACCAGGUUUCUAUGGUGACAAAGACCUGUUAAAUUUUUUGAAGGAGCAUCGUAUCCAAGAAGAAAAAACAGCUCUUAAAUCUAUUCGUAGAGCCAGGGAAUUACAAAUGGGCCUCAAGAUACUUGGAGUUAUUUUCGAGUAUCUUGACUUGUUGGAGAUAGUAAAGACCGUUAUGGCUACAUGCCAGCAAUGGAGAGAAAUCGGAAUAAACAUUAUUUCCAGACGGUUAAGGUGCGAAAUAGAGCGCAUAUCUGAAUCUCUGGUCUAUUUUUCUGGUACAAAUCGAAAAAAUAAUGAUGACGAUGAUAAUGUUGAAGGUAUUGUUGAAACUCAACAAGAUGGUGAAAGAUCUCCACGAAAUAAUUGA